UAUGUUUCAACAAGCAUACUGCACAAAGCAAAAGCACAGAGGAACAUACAGAAGUCCACUAGAAUCUUCUAGAUUUUAAGCAUUAAGUUACACGAUGAGCACAACAAAUAUGCAAAUCAAGUCACUGAUUUAUAUACAUUUCAUGUUGAUCCUAAUGACAAGUCAGACUUUGACCUUUAAAAUUCUUUGGACAAAGUCAAAGACGCAUCAGGACAUAACCCGUGACGCAGUUUUACAGACAAUAGUUGAUAUCUGCAGAUUGCGAAUGCUCCAGAUGGGGCAAAAUUUUGUUGAGCCAGGAGUACUGACAGUAAACUCAGUAGCAGAAAGCUGUUACUCAUCUGAUUCAGCCAAAGAUUUUCAAGAGAGCAUUGAUAAGAUAAAUAAACACAAUGUCUGGAUCGACUAUAAGCAUAUUUUUACAGGAAGUUACCAUUUUGACAAUGAGGAGUUUUUGUCUGGGCGGAAUCUUAUUACUGAAGGGGUUUCUGUGGUCAAAUCCAGUGUCAAGCAAAAGAGCUAUCAAGCUGCUAAACGAGCCCUUGGUAAAGUCCUACACACAUUGCAGGAUUUCUACAGUCAUAGUAACUGGAUUGAACUGGGAAAAACAGGACCAUAUUCCAAUCUGAUUAAACCAGACACCCCAAUUAACAACAUAGCAGAUUCAAAAACCUGCAGGAAAUGUACUCGGAAAGACUGUAAAGAUAACAUUCUGGAAGAGAUCAUUGCCCAGCAGAAACUAACAUCGGGAUAUUUUGGCUUUUACAGACCAACAGGAAAGUGCAGUCAUGGAGGAAUACUUGAUCCAUCAAGUUGGUGGUAUGGUGGCAUAAAUAAGGAUUCUUCAGACUCUAGCCAUGGUCAUCUACAUGAAACAGCAGCAUUUGUAGCCACUGCUGCUACCAGAGAACUACUGCAGAACAUCAGAGCUGCUGUUGGAGAUACUGAGUUUCUUAGACUGAUGGGAUUCAGCCAGACUUCAGUGCUGUCUUUUGUCGUAGACACCACUAGCAACAUGUCAGAAGACAUUGAGGAGGUCAGGAGAGUUACAUCAUUCAUCAUUGACAGCAAAACAGACACAGAAGCUCAGCGUUCAGAAUACAUCCUGGUACCAUUUAAUGACCCUGACUAUGGCCCAAAUUUUAGAACAACUGAUCCUGGUUUAUUUAAAAAGAAACUCACUGCACUUAUGGCUGAAGGUGGAAGAGAUGUUCCAGGAGAUGUUCCAGAAAUGUGUCUCUCAGGACUCCAGCUGGCACUCACUACAUCUCCACCACAGACAGAGAUUUUUGUUUUCACGGAUGCUGAUGCAAAAGAUGAAAUGUUGAAAAAUACUAUAUUGGCCCUUAUUGAGAGAACAAAGUCUGUAGUGAAUUUUAUGCUAACUAAAGCCAUUAGUUCUCAGCAAGUUUCAUCUCAUGUCUACCAUGACCUGGCUCAGGCUUCUGGAGGACAUGUUAUUGAGGUCACCAAAGGAGCAUUGCCCCAAGCUUCUAAAAUUAUUCCAGUUACCUCCAGAGCUACACUGGUCAAUAUAUUCCAGGCUGUACGAAACCCAGGAAAAGUUGAGAAAUUCUCAGCUUUUGUGGAUGAUUCUGUGCAAAACCUGACAAUCUUCAUUACAGGCAACUCUCUAGAUUAUACCAUCAGUAGUCCCUCAGGAGUCUCACAGAGCAGCACUGAACUGAAUGGGGCUUUGGGGCUUUUUCAGAAAGCUGGUAACUUCCACAUAGUGCAACCAAAUAUUGCAGAGCGGACUGGAUGGUGGGUUUUUGACUUUAAAUCAACACAGCCCUACAGCAUCAGAGUUGUUGGUCAAAGCAAUGUUGAUUUCCUGUUUGAUUUUGUUGAACUUUCACAAGAAAGCUAUGGUGUAUUAAACAGCCGACCUGCAGCAAACACCAAUAUCACCCUGCUGGUGACCAUGGUUGGUGGGGAGAGUGUGAGGCCUACAGAGUUGUCUCUGGUUGAAGCAUUGAAUUCAAACUCUAUUAAUGGGUCACUAGAAGAGGUAGCUAGUGGCCAGUACUUAGUGACCUUCAACAGCAUCCCAGCAGGAGAGUUUACUGUUCGGCUGGUUGGACAAAUCAGUUCCUCUAGAUCUUCAAAUAUCAACUUGCAGAGACAGUCACCAACUCGAUUCCAAACAUCAACUGUGACCAUUACUACUCCACCUGUUGGAACAAUGGAACCUGGAAAACAAUUCACUCUGCCUUACUUAGUUGCAACCCAGGGCUCUGGUGGAACCUUUAAAAUGAAUGUAAACAGUGAUCACAAUUUUGAGACUUUCUAUAACACAUUCAUAGCUCUGGAGAAUGGGGGCAGUGCAAAUGGCACAGUAAACCUGACUGUCCCUGAAAAUACUCCCUCUGGAACUGAUGUAACUGUGACAAUUGAAGCUGAAGCCCCUGAUGGAAGUGACUUCAACUAUGCUGUGCUGCAUCUUUCUGUCAUUGCUCCGAUAACGGAUAUUACUCCUCCAGUGUGCAAGGCAGUUACCAUAAAUUCUGAAUGCUCAGGCAACUGCAAGCUCUCCUCCUGGUACCUCACUGCCAACAUGACUGAUGGGUCAGGUAUUCAAACUGUGAGAGUUCUCCAAGGAAAUGGUACUACUGUGCUCAGUGAAACAGGGAUGAAUAUCACAAUGGUAAACUACAGCUCCUCUUGCUGUUUCCAAGAGUUGGAGAUGGUUGCUGUGGAUACAGUGGGAAAUGUUGCCACCUGCUUCAAAUCUCUGAGAGCUACAGCUGCACCAAGCUUACUCACUUAUGGUGGAGAUUUUUUCUUGAUUUUACCAAUUUGCCUUUGUAUGAAUAUAGUUACCUUACUUUUCCAAUUCAUGCAGCUCUAAAAACAUUAUAUUUUAGCCUACUGCAUAUAAUACCCUUUGAGUAAUGCUUUUAUACAUGUAGAAGUAAAUGCUUUUAAGUUUGUUAAGAAGAAGAAGGAAAUAAAUAUCAAAGGGCUCGCAAUUUUUACUUUUAUAAAUAAACUUUUUAUUUUAAUUAAAACAAACAUUUUAAGUCAAAACAUAAAAAAUAUUUUUAAAUGACUGGGUAAUGUUGUGUAUGUGCUAGAUUUAAAAUAAAAAAAGUUAAUUGAUUUUACAAUAUAUUAUAUCUACAUGCAGUAUAGCAUUAUAAGAUUAAUAAUUUUAUUUAUUACUAAAAAAGAGUAAUUUUGUAGGUUCUAGUAUAGAGUUCAUGUUUGAAUUUGUAUGAGGGAUAGUUAAUAAAAUGUAUUAAUUGUAUAUGUUUUAAUUAAAUUGAAUUACUUUCUGGUACUAUAAUUGAAACUAGACAUACAGAUAUGAUGGCUGGAUGUUACUUGUACAAGUUUAUUUGAGCCUUGUUGUGCAUAUACCUGUACAUUAAAUGUGUCUUUUUCACUCUU